GAGGGAAGGCGCUUGCACGUGCAGAAGCGUAAAAUCGCAGGGCUUGGACUCGUCAGUCGCCAAAUUGAAUAUAAUGUGCAGAACGCUAUCGCUUACGCUAAACCCUGGGCAACUUCUCGGAUGAAUCAGAUACCGUGGCAACAGCAGGAGAGGAACGAACUUGAUAUUGAAAGCUGGAUGAAGUGGCAGGAUAAUCGGCCAGAACUGGAAAAGAAGAAAUAUAAGGACGAGGCCAUCAAACGCUGGGUGUUUUCACAGUAUAAAUACUUGGAGCAGAGGUCGAAGGAGUUGCCCUUCGAUGAGUUAAUUCCCGAUGAAGAUGAGACAAUUGAGAAGAGCGCUGACACCACAUGCUGCUUGGCUUCGCAGGGGAAUCAGUUGAACGGACGUUGGCCUCUCCGGCAGGUUAAUUCGUCCUUUGAUGCCCUCAAGCUAAGCGGCAAUCAGCCCAAGAAAACUUAUACAAAUUAGCCCAAAAAUUGUUGGGAAUUUUACCAAUAUCGACAAGUUUGUGCAGUCUGUGUCCCCACGUACGCUCCCAUCCCAAUCCGUCCGUCCCAAGGAGUCACCGUUGUUGGUUUGAAGCAAGAAAUCGCUGGUACUUCCUGCUGGAUAUAGCCUGAGCAUCUUGCACGAAAUGAAAGAUCCAAAGUCGC